AUGGCGGCCGCCAAGCCGGGCGAGCUGAUGGGCGUCUGCUCCAGCUACCAGGCGGUGAUGCCGCACUUCGUGUGCCUGGCCGACGAGUUCCCGCAGCCCGUGCGGCCCGCCAGGCUGUCCAAGGGCAAGGGCCGGCUGCGGCGGCCGCGCCAGUCCCGCUUCAAGACGCAGCCGGUGACCUUCGACGAGAUCCAGGAGGUGGAGGAGGAGGGGGUGUCCCCCAUGGAGGAGGAGAAGGCCAAGAAGUCGUUCCUGCAGAGCCUGGAGUGUCUGCGCCGCAGCACGCAGAGCUUGUCGCUGCAGAGGGAGCAGCUCAGCAGCUGCAAACUGAGAAACAGCCUGGACUCCAGCGACUCCGACUCGGCCCUGUAAGGGGCGCCGCCCGGAGGGGGGACGCGCGCGACUCCGAGGCCCGCCCGGGGACCAGAGGGCAAACCCUGGGAAGGUCUGCGCCCCGCACCCGGGGUACCCCUGAAGGACAGGGGACCGCCGCCCCUCGCGCAUUUGGACUCCCACCCCGCUGCGAACUAGUCAGUGCGCCCUUGGCCGCGCUCACGCUGGCCCAGAGCGCGCUCGGGGACGCCAGGGAGGGGGGCCGCCUUCUUUGCCCUUGUAAAUGUUUAUUUUUUAUCUCUUCCACUACGAACUCCGCCGUGAGUGUGUGCGGGUCGCCGCUCCACGCCCUUGUCCGAUGGCUUUGCA